AUGGCAUCAACCGAUGAGCAAACCCCUUCGAAGGCUUCCACCCCUCCAACCGACAUGGCAAACAAUGCCUCCGACACGAUCCAGCUCACAAUAACCCACCACGGGAACCCUCACACCUUCACAUUCCCCUCCGACGCCACCAUCACCGACCUCUCCAACACGAUCACGUCGACACUCUCAAUCCCACCCCCAAACCAAAAACUCCUUAUCGCGCCCAAAACGGGCCUCCUCCGCCCUCCCUUCAAAGACGCCACCCUCCCGCUCUCCUCCCUCGUCUCCAAAAAGAUAACCCUGAUGGGUUCGACCGCCACCGAAGUCUCGACGCUCCAAUCCGCCGUCACCAAAGCCAGCACCCCGCGCACCUACGGCGGCAUCAAGCCGGCCUCGCCCUCGCCCUCGCGCGACCCACGCCGCGCGCAAGAAGACGCCCUCUACACCUUCACCACCCUGCGCCCGCUCCCCUACCUCCCUUACCCAGAGCGCUCGCUCCGCUUCCUCGAGCGCCUGCGCGACGACCCGGGCAUCCGCGCCAGCAUGCGGCGGCACCGCUUCAGCGUCCCGCUGCUCACGGAGAUGAACCCGGCCGAGCACACGACGCACGAGAGCCGGACGCUGGGGCUCAACCGCAACCGCGGCGAGGUGAUCGAGCUGCGCCUGCGCACGGAUGCGUACGAUGGGUAUAGGGAUUAUAAGACUAUCAGGAGGACGCUGUGCCACGAGCUAGCGCAUAACGUGUGGGGGGAGCACGAUCGGAAUUUCUGGCUGCUGUGCAGGGAGAUUGAGAGGGAGGUCGAGAGGGAUGAUUGGACGAGGGGCGGGAGGAGUGUGGGCGGGGAGGAGUUUUAUGAGCCGAGCGAGGGGGAGGUGCAUGAUCAUGGGGGGUGGACGGGUGGGGAGUUUGUGCUUGGGAGUGGUGGGGCGGAGACGGUUGCGAGUAGUGCGGGUGGGCAGGUUAGUGCCGGGGGGAUGAGUAGGAGAGAGGUGUUGGCGAGGGCGGCGGAGGAGAGGGCGAAAGCUGCAAGGCGAGUUGGUGGGCAAGAGGGGGAGGGGGAUGGGGCGGCUGGUAGUAAGCAGAGUUGA